CUCUGGAGAUCCCCGCCCUUCCUUUCUCCUCUCCCGUCCCCUCCCUCCUUCUUUGGUCUCGGCUCUUCCCCGAAGCUUCACCCAGCUGCGAGCACUUUAAUCGGCCUGCCUGGAACCUCGGCUCGCAGGCGCCUCAGUCGCGAAGAGCCCAGGUCGCCAAGCUAGUCCGGCGCGCGUCGACUCUCCGGAGCUUAAGGGGUCCAGAAGAUCGGGGUCGACGGCGGGCUUAAGGGGAUCAGAACCACGACCGUGGAGUUCUCUUGCAUCUCUUUCCCUCCCUCCACCUUGCAGUCUUUCGACGGAGAAAAGAGAAUCCUGGUGGCUCUUCCUCCUUUCCAAACUGCCAUAAGUCUAUCUUCUGAAGCCUCGUUACUUUCUUUCCACUGGCAAAAUCCCUUCUGUAUCCACCAUCCACCCCCAGGUUUAAUUCCCAGGUCUGCUUUCCUGAAGUCCCCCCACGGUUGACAUCCCACUUUCCUUUGCUCUUUCUCCAUGUGUUCCCUCUCCUGAUGCUUUCCUUUGAGAAAUCAGAUUCCAUCCUGCACCCACUCAAGCAAAUUCCUCCUCUUCCUACUUGCCCACUUUCCCUUGCCCCCUCCAAAGUUCAUCAUAGACGUGAUGGAAAAAGUUAAUAAUUCUAGCAACUCCACCACUGACAUUGAUGUUCUGUGCCCAGUCAAUACAGAUUUCACCCAAUGGUUCCUGCCCUCUUUCUACCUCAUUCUUUCCCUCUUGGGCCUUUUGGGGAAUGGACUGGGCUUGUGGAGCUUAUGCAGAAGUUCGCGGAAGAACGGUUGGAAUUCCUUCAAUGUGCUGUUGUGUAACUUAGCAAUUGCAGACUUGCUUUAUGUGAUUACACUGCCCUUCAUUGUGUCCUACUACCUCCAGGGACAUGUGUGGCUCUUUGGCCAAAGCUGGUGCAAAUUAACUCGACUUCUUUUCCAUGUCAACCUUUAUGCCAGCAUUGGCUUUCUGACCUGCAUCAGUGUUCAUCGUUACCUGCGCAUCGUAUAUCCACUGAAGAUGAUGGGAAGAUGUCAGACACUUGGCUCUUCUGUCUCUCUGAGUGUUUUUGUCUGGGUCUGGGUCAUGAUUCAGCUUUCUCCUGAUUUAACUUUCAGCAAAAUGGACCUCAAGGGUGAGAAGUGCCAUGACUCAACAGGACACAAAAACCUGGAGAAGUAUCUAUUAUAUUUUCUAAUCUUAACAGUGACUGGCUUUGCCAUUCCUUUCUUUGUCAUCACUGGAUGCUAUUGUCAUGUGGUCAUUGUCCUCAGGAAGAAUGAAAACAUGGAUCCUGUCCUCAAGCGGAGGAGCAUCAAAUUGGUGGUUGUGAUAUUUGGAAACUGGGUGAAGAUCCAUCACAUCAAGCUGUGAUUGUAUGAAGUAAUAGAUCUUUCUUGGGCAUCCAUGAAAGAAACCAGAUCUUCUAUUCCUAUCAGAUAAUGGUAGCAACCAAAUAAAUAUUUACAGUUUGGAGAGUGACAUGACUUGAUUUGACUUGCUUCAAAUGCACAUGAAUACAAGCCAACUGGCCUGAGAUCCCACACAGCAUUACAGGAUUCCUACUCACGGGGAAACUUGGGGAAGAAAUGGACAUAUUUGGUCAACUGGCUAACAAGCAAGAACAUAAAUGCCCUGGUCAAUGGAUCAGACCAAGCAUUCAUCUUGUCUAGAAUUCUGUUUUCCCCAGUUGAAGCUCUACAACACAUUAAAAACAAAAAAUCCAGGCGGAGUUUCUAUUGCACCAUCAUGGCUGCAAUCUUGACUUGUUUACCAUACCCCUGACUCUUGCUCAGAGGUGACAAAUAAAUGAGGAUGUACAAAGCAAGAAAAUCUGCCAGACUAGAAGUACUCAUUCUUUAACAGUGUUGUAUGCAUUUAUGCUUCUCUUUCGUCGGUUAGCAUAAUUUUAACAAAAAUUAAAAA